UUGGUAUCACACUGACUUCUUACAACAGACUCCUAAAGGUCUGCCUGUAAGUGUUGAACUAAAAGAAGAUUCAUUUUCUCCGCACCAAAUCUUGAAUCUUCUCAGCUUAAACAUGCGAGAGUGCAUCUCCGUCCACGUGGGUCAGGCUGGAGUCCAGAUUGGCAAUGCCUGCUGGGAGCUCUACUGCCUGGAGCAUGGGAUCCAGCCAGACGGACAGAUGCCCAGUGACAAAACCAUUGGAGGAGGAGACGACUCCUUCAACACCUUCUUCAGUGAGACUGGGGCUGGAAAGCAUGUCCCCAGGGCUGUGUUUGUGGACCUGGAGCCCACAGUUAUUGAUGAGGUGCGAACUGGGACCUAUCGCCAGUUAUUCCAUCCUGAACAGCUCAUCACUGGCAAAGAGGAUGCUGCCAACAACUACGCUCGUGGACACUACACUAUUGGCAAAGAGAUCAUCGACCUGGUGCUGGACAGGAUCCGCAAACUGGCUGACCAGUGCACAGGCCUUCAAGGCUUCCUGGUUUUCCACAGCUUUGGAGGUGGGACCGGCUCUGGUUUCACCUCCCUGCUGAUGGAGCGCCUGUCUGUUGACUACGGCAAGAAGUCUAAGCUGGAGUUCUCCAUCUACCCAGCUCCCCAGGUGUCCACAGCUGUGGUGGAGCCCUACAACUCCAUCCUGACCACCCACACCACCCUAGAGCACUCUGACUGUGCCUUCAUGGUGGAUAAUGAGGCUAUCUAUGACAUCUGCCGUAGGAACCUCGACAUUGAGCGUCCUACUUACACCAACCUCAACAGGCUCAUUAGCCAGAUCGUUUCCUCCAUCACUGCUUCCCUUCGAUUUGAUGGUGCCCUUAAUGUUGAUCUGACAGAGUUCCAGACCAACUUGGUGCCCUACCCCCGUAUCCAUUUCCCUCUGGCCACCUAUGCCCCAGUUAUUUCUGCAGAGAAGGCUUACCAUGAGCAGUUAACUGUCUCUGAGAUCACCAAUGCCUGCUUUGAACCAGCCAACCAGAUGGUGAAAUGUGACCCUCGUCACGGCAAGUACAUGUCAUGCUGCCUUCUAUACCGUGGUGACGUGGUGCCCAAAGAUGUCAAUGCUGCCAUUGCCACCAUCAAGACUAAACGUUCCAUUCAGUUUGUUGACUGGUGUCCAACUGGUUUCAAGAUUGGCAUCAACUAUCAGCCUCCCACUGUGGUCCCUGGAGGAGACCUGGCCAAAGUCCAGAGGGCUGUGUGCAUGCUGAGCAACACCACUGCUGUGGCAGAGGCCUGGGCUCGGCUUGACCACAAGUUUGACCUGAUGUACGCCAAACGUGCCUUUGUGCACUGGUAUGUGGGUGAGGGUAUGGAGGAGGGAGAGUUUGCUGAGGCCAGAGAGGACAUGGCAGCCCUGGAGAAGGAUUAUGAAGAGGUGGGACGUGACAGCGGUGAAGGAGAUGAGGACGGGGAAGAGUAUUAGAAAUGGCUGUCUUUCAAACUCUUUAUCACCCUCUUCUUUCAUUUCUCUUUUCCAUAUAUCCACCUUUAUCCGUUCAUUCUCCCUUUUCAUAGAUCCACAUUUUCUAUUAUUUCCAUCCACUACACUCCUAACCUCAGUCAAAAAGCACUUUAAUUUUGACAAGAAAUGUACAUUGUAUGGAAAACUACAUGUUUACUUGUUGUAAUUUUCAGGUUCCCCUUUAGAGGUGUUCAUACCAUUAGUUUAUAAUCCUCUCCCUUGUGUGUAUUCUUAUAUAGGUGGCUUAGACAAAUUCAUUGGUUUCUAGGAACACUGUUAACAGUCACAAAAUUUCAAAUAAUGUUUAUCAGUGGAGGCUGCUGAGGGGAGGACAGCUCAUAAUAAUGGAUGGAAUGGUGUCAACCACAUGGAAACCACGUGCUUGACACCAUUCCAGACAUUAUUAUGAGCUUUCCUCCCUCAGCGCUGCUGUCCAUUAUGGAUUCAUAAUAAUCUAGAAAUGAGUUGUUUUAACUACUAACUUAAAGAAUUUAAAGUUUAAAUCAUUUCAGUAUUGAACUUUGUCAUGAGACCUUUUCUUUAAAAGAGUGGUGCUUGUGUUUGUUAGUUUGCUUUGCUACCUAACCACUUUCAUGUCUAGAGGGCAGUGUUGUGCAAUAAAUACAUGUCCAUUUCCUUCUGUGAACAUGAACGGGCAACAAUUCCCAAUACAUACCUCAACAGAUCAAUACUUUCCUGAACGCUACAAAAUACCAUGAAGGUAGUAUUAAAACAACACACUCAGAAAAUCACAGCCAUAAAUGCAUAGAGGGUAGACCUAGACUCUGCAUUUUCUCACCCUCAGGAUGCAAACAAAUAAUACAUGCAGAAUAUUACAUUCUAUGUUAUCUACAUUCAUUGUGAAUUGGAGAUGUGAACUGUGAAAUGUACUCUCCAAUUUACCAAUGUGAAAGCCAGCUAGGCCUGAGAAGAGCCCAGUCCCAGUUCACAGCCCUGAUCUAAAAUAGGUCCUGGUAUUCAUACCCUGCCCUGUCAUGGGGGAGAUCUGUCAAGCUGUGGGACAGGACAGGUGGGGUUUAAAAAUACUGUUCCCAAUGUGUCUAGAUUGGACCUAAACAGGACGACUGCAGAUGCAAAACAUGCUAUAGGCUCGUUUACAAUUAUAUUGUUGUUACCUGCCUAGCAACCUCUUCAAGAGGUUUGAACCUUGUGGCAUAACAGUUAAGGUGUUGGCUUGACAGUUGCUUGGACCUGUGUCCAGGUCCCGGUCAAAGCUAUCCCCCGAUUUUGAUAAAAUAGACAUAUAUGAGCAAGGGGCUUCACGUGGGUCUGAUGUCAUGAGACCAGAAGGAUGAAAACAACAAUAUAUACUGUAGAUCAUUAGUCAUGUGCAAGUAUGUGCCCCGUGAAGAAAAUAACAUAUAGAGUGCAAACGGAAAGUAUUCAGAUCCCUUGUCUUUUUCCACAUUUUGUUAUGUUACAGCCUUAUUCUAAAAUGGAUUAAGUCCUGAAUGUAUUGAAAAUGAAGGUUUUCAUAAAGGAUCUCUCUGUACUUUGCUGCUUUCAUCUUUCCCUCGAUCCUGGCUAGUCUCCCAGUCCCUGCAGCUGAAAAACAUCCCCACAGCAUGAUGCUGCAACCACCAUGAUUCACAGUAGGAAUGGUCCCAGGUUUCCUCCAGACGUGAUGCUUGGCAUUCAGGCCAAAUAGUUCAAUCUUGGUUUCAUCUGACUAGAGAAUUUGUUUCUCAUGGACUGAGAGUCCUUUAGCGGGCUGUCAUGUGCCUUUUACUGAGGAGUUUCUUCCGUCUGGCCACUCUACCAUAAAGACCUGAUUGGUGGAAUGCUACAGAGAUGGUUGUCCUUCUGGAAGGUUAUUCCAUCUCUACAGAGUAACUCUGAAGCUCUGUCAGAGUGACCAUCAGGUUCUUGGUCACCUCCCUGACCAAGGCCCUUCUCCCCCGAUUGCUCAGUUUGGAAGAGGAUGAGUCUUGGGGGCUCCGCAUUUCUUCCAUUUAAGAAUGAUGGAUGCCACUGUGUUCUUGGGACCUUCAAUGCUGCACAAAUGUGUUGGUACCCUUCCCCAGAUCUGUGCCUCGACACAAUCCUGUGUCGGAGUUCUACAGACAAUUCCGUCAACCUCAUAGCUUGGUUUUUGCUCUGACAUGCACAAUCAACUGUGGGACCACAUAUAGACAGGCGUGUACAUUUCCAAAUCAUGUCCAAUCAAUUGAAUUUACCAAAGGUAGACUCCAAUCAAGUUGUAGAAACAUCUCAAGGAUGAUCAAUGGAAACAGGAUGCACCUGAGUUCAAUUUCGAGUCUCAUAGCAAAGGGUCUGAAUACUUAUGUAGAUAAGGUAAUCUCUAUAGACAAACACUGACGGUAGAAUGGCCUAUACUGAAACGCUCAGUGACUUUCAUUGUGGCACUGUCAUAUGAUGU